UAACGACUCCUGAGAUAAACAACUGGUGGUCUCGUCCGGCGUGUCACACCUUUACGGCUGGAGUGUGCCCAAUAUUAGACUUUUCUCUUUUUCCCCGCAGCAAUAUGUUUUAAUAUAUUUGACCAUGGUUCCCAGUUAUCCCAGUGCAGUUCACGUUAGCUAGGUGGCUCGCUUAGCUAGCUCUAUGUCUGCCAAGCUAAAAACUGGUUAGCUAGCUAGCUCGGUUGCUAUUAGCUCGUCGAGGUGGAGACCAAGAACGGGGAGAUGCGAGCGAAGUGAGGGUGGCCUUGAAGAUAGGCAAACGCAAAGAACUCUGGGAGAUUCAACAUGAAGUUGUAUGUGUUCCAGGUCAACAAUGGCAGCACAUUGACAUUUGACACUGAUCUUGCUGUACAAACUGUACUGGAGCUUAAACAUGCCAUCCAAGCCAAAUACAAGAUUGCAGUUCAACAUCAAGUCCUUGUUGUCAAUGGAGGAGAAUGUAUGGUUGCAGAGAGGCGUGUCUGCAGCUACAGUGCUGGCACUGAAACCAACCCCAUAUUCCUGUUCAACAAAGAGAUGAUCUUGUGUGACCGGGAUCCAACGAUCCCCAAAACCACAUUCUCGAUUGAGAGUGAGAUCCAGGUUAAAGUAGAGGAGUCUCUACUGAUGCCAGCUGUCUUUCACACUGUUGCCUCGCGAACACAACUUGCUCUGGAAAUGUUUGAAGUUGCCAAGAAACUUUGCACUUUCUGCGAACGAUUGGUUCACGAUGAACACAUGCAACACCAAGGCUGGGCUGCCAUUAUGGCUAAUCUGGACGACUGCGCUUCAUCUUAUCAAAAGUUGCUCGUCAAAUUUGACAGUUCAUACUCAAACUAUCAACAUGACUUGGAGGAAAUUAAGAUCAAACUCUCAAAGUUAGGGACAUCGGUCUCUGUAAUGGCGAGGAUACCUCUGCUGGAAUGUUUGACAAGACACAGUUACAGAGAGAGCAUGGAUAAGUCGAGUUCAACCCCAGGGAAGGAUUCAGAUGGGACGGAAGAAGACAAAUCCACAGACUCUGUGCGCUGCGCUACUGAUGCUCAAAGGCCCGCCAAGUCACCAGCCUCCUCCGCUGCUUCGGGGACGGCCAGGUGUGAGCCACCUGGACACCAGGAAACCCCAAAAAUGACUGACAGUAGUGGACUGAGAGCUGCACGACUUGAUGAUGAUGACGACGAGGAUGACGACGACGACGAAGAUGACGACGAUGAUGAUGAUUCCCCAGAGUUCACCAACCCGUCCUGCUUCAAUGUCACACUAUUAGACUGGAUCAAUGUGCAAGACCGACCCAACGACGUGGAAUCGGUUGUGAGGAAGUGCUUUGACUCCAUCAAUAGGCUCGACCCUCGUAUUAUUCAACCCUUCCUCACAGACUGUCGUGACACAAUUUCCAAGCUAGAUAAUCAAAACAUGAAAGCCAUCAAGGGGCUCGAGGACAGGUUGUAUGCUCUCGACCAAAUGAUUGCAAGCUGUAAGAAGUUGGUGAAUGAACAGAAAGAACUUGCUCAGGGAUUUCUGGCCAAUCAGAAGCGGGCUGAGAACCUGAAGGAUACAUCUGUUCUGCCUGAUUUGUGUCUGAGUCACACCAACCAGCUGAUGAUCAUGCUGAACAACCACAGGAAGCUGCUCGACAUUAAAAAGAAGUGCACCACCGCCAAGCAAGAGCUCGCAAACAACCUUCAAGUCAGACUCAAAUGGUGCUGCUACGUGAUGCUUCAUGCAGACCAGGACGGGGAGAAGCUUCAGGCUCUCCUCAGACUCCUGACGGAGCUCAUAGAACGAGUGAGGGUGGUGGACGCCCUCAGCACUGUGCCCCAGAUGUACUGCUUGGCGGUGGUGGAAGUCGUCCGGCGAAAAAUGUUUAUGCGCCACUACAGAGAGUGGGCCUACGCGCUCGUGAAGGACGGGAAACGGCUGUACGAGGUGGAGAAGUUCAAAAGGGAAUCCUUCGGUAAACUCUUCAGGAAGUCUUUCCUCAGAAAUCGUCUGUUUAGAGGACUCGAUUCAUGGCCUCCAACAUCAUUUUGUACACGGAAGCCCAGACGGUUUGACGACGAACUUCCAGACAUCUCCCUGGAUGACCUGCAGUACUUGAAAUCGUGUUGUCCUCUCGAGGUGCAGCCCUUCCUGAUGCUUCCCACAAUGUGUGACUUCGAGCCCUUAAAUCGCCACGUAGAGACGCUUCACCGGCUGGUCCAAGCUGCACAGAGUGUGGAUGAGAUGUCUCAAACUAUUACCGACCUGCUAAGUGAACAACGGAUAUCCUUCAGUCAGAGAUCCAGCAUGAUGACCCCACAGUCCGGAAGCGGACCCGGGUCCACGACGCCGAGGUCCUCAAACACCCCGUGCUCCCUCAGCCUGCAGGGGCCCAGCUGCCAACCGCCGCUCGUUCCCGCCCCGGCACCGCUAGAGGACCUCUCCCCAGACAGCAUCGACGCGCAAACGUUUGACUUUGAAACGAUCGGCCACCCGAACAUGGACCCGGUCCUGCAGCAGGGCUCCCUCGACUUGGAUUCCCUCGCAGAGAGCCCUGAAUCUGACUUCAUGUCGGCCGUCAACGAGUUUGUGAUCGAAGAGAACUUGACCUCUCCGAACCCCAUCAGCGACCCCGUCAGCCCCGAGAUGAUGGUGGAGUCGCUGUAUUCGUCGGUCAUUAACGCGAUCGACAACAAGCGCAUGCAGGACACCACGAUACUCGAGAGGGAGAACUCGAGGAUCACCGGGCUCAAACAAGUGAUCGACAAGUACCGAUCUGCGGCAGAGGAGUCGCACUCCAACUUCAGAAGCGUGAAGGACGAUCUCCAUCACUUGAGAGGCGUGGUUUUAAAAGAACAACACGACUUUGGCUUUGUUUUGGGAAAUCUGACCACAGAGGUGAGCGACGUUGUGGACGGCAUCUGCCAAGCCCAGCAACUGGAACUGAAGGAGCAGCAUCAAAGUGAACUCCUCUCGCUUCGGCAAGCGCUCGAGACGCAGGUCACGACGCUAACGGAGGAGAACCGAGUGAACCAGAAUAUCGUCCGAGACGUCCAGCGCGCGAUGCUGGAGCUGGAGGGGCUGAUGGAGCGCAAAGAGAAGGAACUCGCUCAGCUCGAGAAUGCGAAAGAGCGCUGUGCCGUAACGCAGAGCAACCAGACGGAAAGGAUCAAAACCCUGGAGCAGGCGGCGAGCGAUCAAACCGAGGAGAUCGAGACGCUCUCGACUUCGAGAGACGCCCUGACCGGCCAGCUGGAGAAUCUCCACGUCGAGAUGGAACGCGGCCGGCAGCAGAUCCGGCAGGAGUUGGAGGACGCCGAGCGGUCUCACUUGAGGGAGACGGAGGAGAGGAUGAAUCGAGAGCACGCGGCGAAACUGGAGACCCUCGCCGAGGCGAGCCGGGAGGCUCUGGAACACCUGGCCGCCGGAAAUAGCGCAACGUUAAGCGAGACGGCCGAACGCCACGCCGCCGCGCUUCGAGAGAAGGAAAAGCAAACGGAGGACUUGGAGGCUCGCGUCGCCGAGCUCGCGGAGCUCCGCUGCAAAGCGGAGGUGGAGUUGGCCUUCAAGGAGUCGGAGACGGAGGAGCUGAGGCUCGCGUUCGAGGAGGCCGAGGCGCAGCGGGCCGAGGCGGCGACCCGAGUCCUGAGCGAAGAGCUGGCCGAUGUCAAAGAGCAGCUGCGCGUCAGGAACGAGGAGUACGAGGCGGACCUCGCGGAGCGGAGGAGCCUCGCGAGCCUCGAGAGGGACCGCCGCGUCUCUGAGCUGGCGGCCGCGCGCGAGGAGGAGGCGACCCUGUUGCGCAACGAGCUCAUCGCCCUGCAGCGGCAGGUCCAGGAGGCCGAUAAGAACCACGGCGAGCAGCAGCAGGCGCUGGAGCGGGCGUUCGAGCAGCGAGCGGCGGCGCUGAGGAAGAGAGACGAGCGAUCCGCGAGCUCCAAGGAACUGGAGCGAGAGUUGAGGACCGUCAUCGGCGAUUUGCAGGCAGACAACGACCUGCUCUCCGAGAAACUAGAGCAGGACCGACGAGCGACGGAGAGGGACUUGGGGAAAGAGUUGACCUCCAGAGCUGCGUCACCGGACGCUUUGAAAGAGUUGGAGCAGCAGAAGAAGAACACGGAGAAGAGACUGUCGGACAAGAUCCGACACCUGGAGGACGAGCUUCACGGGAGGCAAUCCUCCAGAAGUGACUACGGGUUGCCGCUGCACGCGGAGGUGCGCGCCGACGCCGGCGCGCCGCUGUCUCUGGACUCGGCGCUGCAGGAGCGGAUGCAGCAGGAGAGGGCGUGCCUGCACUCGCAGAUGGACCUCCUGGAGAAGAAGAAGAACGAGGAGAUGCAGAACCUCAGGACAUCGCUCAUCGCCGAGCAGCAGACUAAUUUCAACACCGUUCUAACCCGAGAGAAGAUGAAGAAAGAACAGAUCAUCAACGAGCUGACGGAGAAGUGGCGGACAGUCACCCAGCAGCAGGAGAAGGACAAAGCUCUGAUCGAGACGCUCUCCGAGGACCGAGCGUGCGUCAUGCAGGAGAAGAAGCACUUGGAAGAGGAGCUGAACCGCCUGCGCAGCGCCGCGCUGGUGUCGUCGGCCUUUUUCUCGCCUCACCCCUCCGGUCAGGAGGUCUCCGACGCCCGAGCUCUGCCCGUCGCCGGGGCCUUUUCCUCCGAGCCCGCGGCUGAAAGCCAGCGCCUGGCCUCUGUGUCGGCCAUUCCCGAAGACGAGCUGGUGGAUUCGGCCGUGGAGGCCAGCAUGGUGACCGACCACGACGACGUCCUGAUGUCCGAGGAGAGGCAGCGGAUACUCCUUCUCGAGAGGACUCUACACAUGAAGGAAGAGGAGAACAAGCGCCUCAGUCAAAGACUGAUGUCUCAGAGCAUGUCGUCUGUGUCGUCACGGCACUCAGACAAAAUCGCCAUCAGAGAUUUCCAGGUAGGCGAUUUGGUUCUCAUCAUCCUGGAUGAACGGCACGACAACUACGUGCUGUUCACCGUCGGGCCCACGCUCUACUUCCUGCACUCGGAGUCUCUCACCGAACUGGACCUCAAACCAGCAACGGGGACCUCAAGACGGCCGUGGGUGCUUGGAAAGGUGAUGGAGAAGGAGUAUUGCCAGGCAAAAAAGGCACAGAACCGGUUCAAGGUUCCUUUAGGAACCAAGUUCUACAGAGUGAAAGCUGUUCCAUGGAACAGAAAAGUAUAAUAGCCAAGUAACGGAGCUGAAAUGUAUAUUUAUAUCGCUUAAUUUUUGAACAGGAACAGCAUCACAUCAUAAUUCAUAACUUGAAAAUCGAAAAGACCUUAAAAAUGUAAAGAAAUUAACAAUAGUCAUCAUGCUAUUUUUGGUUCAACAUCCCACCUGCUACCACAUUUUUUGUUUUCUUUUAAACCCAGAUAUGUUACUGUGGACCAAAUGCAAUUAACUUUCUUCGGGCAUAGCUCUAAACACCGGCAUUAUUCUCUCUGACCUGUGUGUGUGUAAAAUUGAACAAAAUUUGGAUGUAAAAUAUUAGUUCUCAUUAUCAGCAUUUGUCCUUCUGUGGAAAAAUACUGUGUCACUAUCAACAUAAUUACAGACAAAAAAAUCUACAUGUAUUCUAAAUGUUUAUGGAGGAAUGUUCACGGCAUGCAUAUUGAUCUAUUUUCUUUGCUUUACUUAUCCAGAUAAAUGUUGUAGUUGGAAACGUAGUUAAUGCUCCUCCUCGCGGCGCAGUGUGUGGCCCUCUGUACAUUACGGCUUCUGGAAACAGUCGUCUUUGCAAUCCUUGAAAAUGCACUUUCAAAAACAAAUGCUUUUGUUGAUUUUGAAAAGGGAAGUUUAAUCGAGCUGUCAAGAACGAAGUAAAUAUAUCAACACAGACUUCUCACUAUCAUAGAAUAUCGAUACGUAGAAAAGGAAAACGUGACCGUUUCAUUAUUGGACGACAUUGUACAUUACACAUCGAAUCACACAUGUAACAAUAAACGACUGUAUUGUAAAAGAUAGAGUUUUGAAACAAUAAAGGAUCGAUCCCAAA